CAAUACUCACCGUGGAAAUCUUUUUACUCGAUUACUUUGUGGCUUUGGUACACGUUUUUUUUGGAAAUUAUCAUGCCUUGGAACAGACUGCCCGACGUAGAGUCGUGUUGCGGCUGUGUGCCCGAUUUGAAAACUGCAGCUGCUAUUAUUGCUGUACUAGGAAUCGUCACAAGCCCGGCGGUGUCGUGGGCGGUCGUACGACACUCGUACGUGAUACGUGUGUCGUGUCUGAUAACCACGAGCUCGGAACGACCUGAUGUGGUGGACGUCAACCUUAACAAUGUCCUAAGCUUCGGCUUCGGCGCAAACGCAGGUCUCGGGCCAACCUGCCUUAGCUUAAGUAAAACGCCGGAUUCAACGCCCAAACCUACAAUGGGGCCCGUAUUUCGCUCCUCGGAGUCGGGCCCUAAAUUUGUGAAGGCAGUCCGAUAUAUCGGCUGGAUUGUACUAGUGUCCGACCUUAUUUUCCUGUUUUGCAGUAUUUACUUACUCCUCAGAAUAUUUAGUGGGCCAUGCCAAAAAGCAGCCAAAAUAUUCCUAAUAACAGCAAUGAUCGCAAUGUUCCUAUCAUUCAUCUACAGUAUGAUAUACGUGUCAGCCUGUAUCACUUUGGGGGGAGCGUUUCCAGUUUUUGAAUUCUUAUUCGCAUUAUUUGAUUUAAUGAAGUGGACAGUCUGGAUCCACUUUUUGCUAGUAAUUCGCGCUUAUAUUAACUCAUACUCGCCACUUGAGACAUUGGCCCAACAAGACCGGGGGCCAUGCCGUUGGCGGUGUAACUUUUUGUGAAAUACUCACACUUUGGGCAGGCUUACCUUCAACAAUUUCUAGUAUGGGCGUACUUUCUAUUAGUUGUUAACUCCUAUAGACGCAAGAUUACAACCGCGUGAUAAAUUUAAGAUAAGCUGAAGGAUCAAAUGAAAUAUGGACAAUGGAAAUUAUGUAUUUAAGGCUGUAUUGGUGAAUUGUUUAUUGCAUUUUCCACGGAAACGUACAUUUCUUAUGCUGAUAUUGUUUUUAAAUAGGUGCACGUGUGUUUAUGCGUGUAUUGUUUAGUGAUAA